AUGGAGACUGCAAAUACUAAACGUACUGCCAUGACACCUCAGCCCAUCGACACCACUGCGGCGCAAGCAUCCAUGGCGCAACCACCUUCUCCACCACAUUCGCAAGCAGACUUCAACGCAGGAGCCAAAUAUUCUCUGGAUGCAGUAGAUGCCUCCACACCGCCAUUUUCACCAUCGAGCCAAACGCCAGUCCUACAGAAGGAGCAAGAGGAGUUUGAAGGGACCGUCAAUGUCAACAAUGACUUGCCAUCGUCUGAGGAUCUGUCGCGGGUGGAUGAUCUCCUAGUACUAGAUGCUCAAGGACAGAGUCGACCGUUCAAGGAAUUGUAUAAAGCGCCACACAUCGCGCCGCGACAACUCAUCAUCUUCAUUCGACAUUUCUUCUGUGGAGUCAGUUUUGCCAUGCCAGUCAACCCGCUACCCGCAUUUACUAACCGUGAACAGAACUGUCAAGAAUAUCUGCGCACCCUCUCGUCCUCGAUCAAGCCUGAAGACCUCCUGGCACUACCAGUACCAACCUCAAUCACCGUCAUUGGCUGCGGCCGACCAGAGCUAAUACCCAUGUACACCGAAGCCACGUCCUGCCCAUUUCCAAUCUACGCUGAACCAACGCGCAAGCUCUACGACCACCUUGGUAUGACACGGACGUUUGACCUUGGCUCUAAGCCGGCAUACAUGCAGACCAACAUGCUCAUCAACUCGGUACAAUCGAUAUUCCAGGGCUUGAGCACGGGCAAGAAUGCGCUAAAAGGCGGUGAUAUGAAACAAGUGGGCGGCGAGUUUCUCUUUGAGAAUGGAGAAUGCAUGUGGGCGCACAGGAUGAAGACGACAAGAGGGCAUGCCGAGGUCUCAGAGCUCAGAACCUUGAUAGGUCUCGAUGGGUCGCGGCCGCCCUUGAGAAAGCGGUGGAGUCAUGGCAUAAAAGAGAACAACACAGAGAAGCGACGGAGCAUCAGCUGGGGCAGACUGAGGAGCCUGAGCAAAGGAGUCAGAGAUCGGGACGCAAGUCGCAAGACCACACCUGAGAGGGUGGAAGAAGAACAAGAUCCGAGGAAGCUUGCUGGAAAAUCGACGGCAUGA